AUGACCAAGCUCGUGGAGUGGGUGUUCGGCAUCUCGGUAAUAAGUGCCGCAUUGGCUCUCGUGACUUUUGACCUUCUAGACAUGAGGCUCAAAGAGGCCUACAGGGAGGUGGCCGGGCCCAUGCCGUUGUAUCUGCUGCUAGUGUUCGGCUGCUACGAGGUAGCCACCUUCAACGGCUGCGAGGAGGCAUCCAAAGAACUACAGGCUCAGAUAAAGGAGGCCAAGUAG